GAGCCGAGCUGUCUUCCGGGCCGAGCGCGGUUCCGGGUCCCGGAGCCACGCGGCGGCGUGCGCGCCCCGAGCGUGCCCGCGCGUCCUCGAGGGCGGGGCGGAGCCGAGGCUGCGCGUCGUUAUUUCUUGGAUACUUCUUCAACAAGUAUCAGAGCCUGCAGCUGGCUAGUCUUCAAGAUCAGUUACGGAAACAGCGUUGUUUCCCGACAGUAACUAGCUUUAGUAGGGCUGUUGCGGGGCUCCAGCGGGGGAGAUUCUGCAAUUGAAGGAGUGGGGAAUUAGAGCAGAGGACACAUCUAAACCAGUAUCAGCGUAUAAUAAUAGUUGCUGACUUGUAUCAAGUAUUUUGUGUGUCAGGCACAUGCUCUUAGAUCCUUAUGCCCUAUUUCUUGCUUAAUCUUUCCAAUGCUAUGAAGUAUUCCACAUUUAACCGAUAAGGAGAAUAAAGCACAGGUUGAAUAUGUUUCAGGAAAGGUUUUUUUCACUACCCGUUCUGAUUUGAAUAUGCUGAAAAAAUUAAAAUCUGCUGAAAGACUGUUCUUGCUGAUUAAAAAGCAGUUUCCACUUGCUGCUGCUUCUCUAAGUAAAGGAAAAAUACUUAAUGAAGUACAACGACUUGUAAACGAUGAUCCUGGAAGUUGGUUAGAUGCCAUUUCAGUUUGGAAAAACCUUCUUGAACUUGUCAUAAAUGGGGAAGAACUUUCUCAGAGGGUCGCUAGCUCACUUAAAAGAAAAGUAGGAGAAAACGAAAGCAUCAUUGCUAAGAAAUUAAAAACAGAAGAAAUGCAAAAGAUUGAAGGUGAUCACAGGGAAUGCCAGCUGGAAGAACAAACAGAGGAAGACACCCUGGAGCAAAGAGAUUCCACCGCUAGCAGAGACAAAUUUGAAAAAGAAGACGGUCAGAGGGAGGCAGAGAGAACAGCUGAUACUCAUAGCCAGAAGGACUUGACCUUCAGGGUAUCUUGCCGCUGCAGUGGAACCAUAGGGAAUGUCUUUACUGCACAGGAAGUAGGAAGAGUAAUUGGAAUUGCUCUGAUGAAGCAAUUUGGAUGGAAAGCAGAUUUGAGGAAUCCAAAUUUAGAGAUCUUUGUACAUCUAAAUAACAUUUACACUGUAGCAGGGAUUCCUAUGUUCAGGGUUCCUUUAGCCAGCAGAACUUACAUUAGGACAGCUGGACUCCGGUCUACCGUAGCGUGGGCGAUGGCAUCUCUUGCGGAAAUUAAGGUUGGUACAUUUGUUUUAGAUCCAAUGUGUGGACUUGGAACAAUACUUUUGGAAGCUGCUAAAGAAUGGCCAGACGGGUAUUACGUGGGUGCCGAUGCCAGCAACUCGCAGUUACUUGGUGCGUGGGACAAUCUGAAAGCCGCAGGCCUUUGUGAUAAAAUUGAGUUGCUUAAAGCCUCUGUCACAGAAUUGCCACUGCCUUCAGAAAGUGUUGAUAUUAUUAUUUCUGACAUUCCAUUUGGGAAAAAGUUUAAACUGGGAAAAGACAUCAGAACCAUUCUACAAGAAAUGGAAAGGGCUGCACUCUGCCCACUUCUCCUUCUUAUCCUCAGCCUUUCUGAGAGAUUCGGUCAUCCUUCGCCAGAUGCGCGGACAGUGUUGGCGUAUUCUGUGCACUGCUUCAGGUCCUGCAGGGUGCUGCGUGUUGGUGGGACCAUUGUAUUGUUGCUGAGCGAAGAUCAUCAUAGGCUCCUUACAGAUUAUGGAGGAAGCCACGCGCCUUUGGAUUCCAGAGGCAGCCGCACUGAUGAACCUGGAGUUAGGAAGUGCUUCAGUCCUGUCGAAAAAACUGACCUAUCAGAGAAACUGACGACUUUGUGCGAAGCUGCUUACCAGGAAUGUUCAGACAAAAUGUUGCCAUGUGGCUCUUUGGUGCCUGUAAAGUACUACGAAGUCAGCCUUGGAAAAACAAACGCAUUCAUAUGUAAAUAUAAGAAGUCAUCCCCUCCUGGACCAUAGUGGACUUGCUGCCCUAAGUCAGGUGCAAGUCCUUGGAAGUCAGCUUUGCAGGAACCCUGUCGUCUGCAGGAUUCAUUAUUGCACCAGAGUUCAAAAGUCUCACCCUCCUGAGGACAAGACAUGGCUGAUGGACACAUUCCUUGGUACUACACGCGUGAGGUGCUUAGUGAUCAUGAGAGAGCACAGCUGAUGAAUGCUUUGAAAGGAGCCUGAAGUUCUGUCAGAUUGUGAAAAGACCUGCUCCGCCGCACACUGUGUCUGAGCAGAACUCCACCUUCCAAGUGAAAGUGUCCAGGGGUUCACAUGAGUGUAUGAUAGGUAUUUUAUUUUUAGAACUGUAGAAACUUUUAUCCGUAACUUCUUCGGACACUAAACUUGAUUUUAUGGACCUAUAAUUUUCUUCUCCAUUAAUAGGAAAAUAAUUUUUCUUUGCAAGACAUUUUGUAUCACAUGUUAUAUUAGACAUCAGUGAGAGCGAUAUGAAGAAAGCCAAUAUCCUUCAUAAUGGAAAGUGCAAUUUGUGCUUUUUCUUCCAAAAAAGCCUUAAUUGUCCCCCACCCUCAUUUGAAGAAAUUCAAUGUUUCCUAUGUUCAUUACUUGAAAAAAAAAAAGAAAGUUGGUUAAAAUGUA